GACCCCGAGCUUGGAGUUUUGGUGCAGCUUACAGGGCACUGCCUUAGAGCCACCAGCGUGUUCAACGAGACUGGAGCCAGCGUCAUCGCUGGCCACAGGCUCAUCUGUUGUGUUUCUUGUGGGGCCUUUGCUUGGGGCAAUGUGAGGGCCCUCUCGCAGGCUUGCCAUCCCGCCCAAGCGGGCAAGGGUCUCAGGCAGCAGAAGGCCCGACUGUUGGCUCGCAAGUUUCCCAGGUGGCUGUCCAAGUAUUCGGGCUGGUCUCUGGGGGAGUUGGAGAUCCCGACCCCGUCCGAUCUCCUGUCUCUCGCCUCCACCAUCCUUGCUGCGCGCCCGAGGCCCGCAGCGCCGUCAGCCCAUCCCGUCUUCCGACCAGGACCGCCGUGGCGCCCCUGCUGGACACCAGGUGUCCUGCUCUCUCGCUUCGGCGUCUCGUUCGAGACCCUCCCGUUCUGGGAGGCCCAGGCGCGCGCCGCCCUCGGCAUGGGGCAGGACGCGGGCGGGGCCCCCGAGGAUUGCGAGGAGGACAGCACCAAGACCGUCCGCGAAAGGGUGGCCGAGCGGUUGGACAUGUUUUGGGCGGGGGAGUGGGACCAGCUCAUCUGCCUCACGUCGAUGCGGGUCAAAACACGUUCCGCCCAGAAAGGCUUGUCCAAGACCGUCCAGCGCAUCUGGUACCUCUUGCACAAGGGCGAGCUGGGGAGGGCGUGCCAGGCAGCUUGGGGCACGGUCAAGACCCGGGACGUGGGCACCACACGCCAGGCAUUUCUCACACAGCAGGGCUUGGGCGAGAACGUGGACCAAGUCGACGGGGGGGCGGAGGAGGACAUGGAUGCGGAGGAGGAGGAGGCGGACGGGGAGGGGGGCGCCGAGGCCCGUCUCAACCGUGCGCGCUCCCUGGCAGCCGACGUGUCCACGCACCUCAUGGGGAACUGGCCGCGAGUGCCGCGGGGAGCCGGUUCGGGCCCACUGGGUGAUCGUUUUGAACACUGGUUGCCUCUCGCCCACGCGGGCAUGAGCGGCGAGAACAGCGCGCAGGUGCUGGGGGACCUGUGCAUGGGGAACGUGCCGAGCGAGGCGAAAGACCUCCUGCUUGCAGGGCGCUUGCUGGGCAUCGCCAAGCGGGACGCGGGCACGAGAGUGGUGGCAUCUGGUACGGUCCCACGCCGACUGAUCGGCCAGGCCGUGUGCGCCACGCGGAAGGCGGAGAUCCGCAGCGCUGUCGGGCCCUACCAGUAUGGCGUCCUGGAGCCGGGCGGGGCCGAAGCCUUGCAGAAAACGAUCACCGCCCACGCAGAGUCGCACCCCGACUGGGCUUUCAUCAGCGUGGACGUCCGGUCAGCUUUCCGCCGCCUCCGCCGCAGGCGCCUUUUCCGGGCCCUCCGCACGCGGUGCCCUGACCUGGAGUUGCUCGCCCGGUCAAUCUACGACCGGGGAGGGGUGCACGCGGUCGCAGGGGAGGGCGAGGCCAGCUCCACGGUCGUCCAGUGGCUGGGCCUGGACGAGGGUUGCCCACUUUCCCUGGCGCUGUGGGGCAUCUUCUUGGCGGGCCCCCUAGACGAGCUGAACGCCCAGUUGCGCACGUUGCACGUCGAGGCCAAGGCGGUCGCCUUCUUGGAUGACGUCUACCUGUGGGUGCCCCGCGCGUGCGCCUCCACAGCCCUCCGGCUCGCGACGGAGCUCCUCGCGAACACGGGCCUCGAGGUUCACGCUGGGAAGACCAAGGUCUGGGUGCCGGCGGCCGCGGGCGAGCUGCCGGCCGAGCUGCGCCACGUGGCCGUGCCGGCGCUACCCUGCCUGGGCAGUGCCCUGCCGUUCAUGAGGAACCACAGGGUGACGGAGGAGGACGGCGACGACUGGCGCAACGUCACCGCCGGGGUGGGUGCCGCCGACGAGGUGCCUCGGGCCGUGACUCGCCUGAAAAGUUUCAACGAGAGGCUCCAAUCCCUAGUCAUGGCGGGGCUCCCCAUGCACGAGGCUUUCGCGCUGCUGCGCAACUUCGUGAACGGCUCCACCACCUACGCCCAGAGAGCACGACCAGGAGCCCCCGAGACGUGGAGGCCUUACGACGACUGGGUCGUCCAUUUCGUGGGCGAGUGGCUCGGCGGGCAGCUGCGUCGCGGGCUGUGCUGUUUUUGCCGGUCAGAGAUGGGCUUGUCCACGCUGGACGAGAGCGAGCGCGCCGCCCCAGGCUUCCACGCGGUGCUUGCGCAGGCCCGCCAGCGCACGGGCACCCGCAGGUGUGCCAGCGGAGGGCCCUCCCAGCGCUACCUGACGCGGUCGGCCCAGGCCCGGGAGCGCCGGCAGCUGGGGCAGGCGCUCGACCCGGAGGGCGCGAGCCUUCUGCGCAGCCAGGGGGCGGAAGGGGGCGCGUGGCUACAAGUGCCUCGCCGCGACGAGCACACGCUGGCCGACGACGAGUUUUGCGUGGCCUACCGCCGCCGCUUGCUCUUCGAGGACCCAGCGGGGCAGGGCGGGGCGCCGUGCCAACACCGCUCACGCCGGACGGACCACCCGUGCGCAUCGGUGGCGCGCCAGCGCUACGGGAGCCACGCCUGCUGCUGCGACAAGGGUCCGGGCUUCUGCCGCAGGCACAACAGAUGCCGCGACGCGCUGGCAGCGUGGUGCAAACGAGAGUGGGGAGAGGAAGAGGCACUCACCGAGCAAGCGUGCCCAAGAUGGGACCGCGUGCGCGCAGACGGCACCAUGGAGAGGGCAGUCCUCGACGUGGUGUUGCCGCACGACCCCGUCAGCUCCGGCCCCCUCGCCAUCGACGUGAGCGUGGUCGAGGUCACCACACCAGACCCGGGCUUGGCAGCGGCCAGGUCUCGGCGCGACGGCCAAGCGGCCGCCGAUCGGGAGCGAACAAAACACCAACGCUACCCGGGAGGCGGACUGCUGGCCGCUGCGCUCGAGACAGGCGGGCGGUGGGGCUCGGAGUUCCGCCGCUGGGCCAAGGCUGCGGCGCCCAGAGGCUUCCGGCGCGCGGAGGCGCUGGCCGACCUGCGCCAGAGCUUGGCCGCAGCCCUGCAGCGCGGGGUAGCCGCGCAGCUGCUCGCCGGCGCGGCCGGCCUCCCGCGCCCCUGGCACUACAUAGGUCCGUGA